AUGUCGCCUGAAAAAUCCACAACCGCCGUAGUACAGCCGGAAAUAGAUGAAACGUCCGACGCUCGAAACGAAGCUAGACUAAAAAUCAUGGAGCUAGCUAACAUGAUAAGCAUACCCAUGGCAUUAAACGCCGUCGUACGCCUCAAAGUAGCCGCCGCAAUCUGGUCAUCUGGCGCCAACACCCCUCUCACCGCUGCCGAGAUCAUCCCUCUUAUCCUCCCCAACAACCCCGACGCUGAUGCCGAUAACCUCGCCCGCCUCCUCCGCCUUCUCACCACCUAUGGCGUGUUUUCCGAGCACCCACCUAUGGCCGGCGACGGUCGCCGGAGAUACUCAUUGACGGAGGUCGGCCGGACUUUGGUCCCCGGCGGCGGUGGCGGCGGUGGUGGCGGCGGUGAUGGGUUGUCGUACGGGGAGUACGUGCUGCAGCACCACCAGGAUGCGUUGGUGCGGGCGUGGACGUUGGUGGAUCAUGCGGUGGUGGGCCCAACGUCGAAGACCCCGUUCGAGGUUGCGAAUGGGGAGCCAGCGUAUGAUUACUACGGGAAGAAUGAUGAGAUGAAUGAGCUGAUGCAACGGGCAAUGGCUGGGGUGUCGGUACCGUUUAUGAAGGCGAUUGUUGGUGGUGGGUAUGAUGGGUUUGAUGGGGUGGGGAGAUUGGUGGAUGUAGGCGGGAGUGCUGGUGAUUGUUUGAAGAUGAUUAUGAGCAAGUAUAGUUGUAUUAAAGAAGGGAUUAACUUUGAACUUCCUGAAGUCGUUGCUCAAGCUCCUCAAAUCCCAGGUGUGACUCAUGUAGGCGGAGACAUGUUCAAGUCGAUUCCUUCGGGUGAUGCAAUCUUCAUGAAGUGGGUACUAACAACAUGGAGUGACGAUGAAAUCAAGUUGAUCAUGAAAAACUGCUACGAGGCCCUUCCUGCAGGAGGGAAAUUGAUUGCCUGUGAGCCAGUGUUACCUGAUACAUCAGAUGACAGUCAUCGGACACGAGCCCUUCUUUCUGGAGACAUAUUUGUCAUGACGAUCUAUGGGGCUAAAGGCAGGCACAGGAUGGAGGAAGAGUACCGACAGCUCGGAAUCUCAGCAGGUUUUCCACAUUUCAGGGCAGUACACAUUGAUUACUUCUUCACCGUCCUUGAAUUCCAAAAAUGAUUCUUGUAAUAGGUAAUUGGGGUUAGGGUUACAUUUCAUGUUUAGAGAUGUUACAUACACAGUGGAAUGGCCUAAAUAAGAUCAGAUGUAUUGUCAUCCUCUUCAUUAGUCAUAAAUCUUUUCAUAGCACUAUUGGAGUAUUGGUGCCUUGAUUAGUUGGCUCUAUCACACUCCCAGCUUAUGUAUACAAUAUGUGAAAUGUAUGAAAUCAAUCUCUGGCCUUUUAUGCAAUUUAUUUUGGGUCUGAAUUUUAAUCA